AUGGAGCACAAAAAGAAAAAGGUAUCGAAGGGAAUAUUGCAGAGUGAUGACUUGUAUCAGAUUGUAGCCAUAGAUAUAGAUCGUGAGACAUAUGAACAAGUAGGAUUACCAAUCAUAAAGAAAGCUGGUGUUGAGCACAAAAUUGACUUCAUUGAAUCUGAGGCUGUACCAGCUCUUGAUAAGCUAUUAGAAAAUCCUGAAAAUGAAGGCAGUUUUGACUUUGCCUACGUGGAUGCCGACAAGGUUAACAAUUGGAAUUACCACGAGAGACUACUGAAGCUGUUGAAGGUGGGUGGCUUAGUUGUUUAGAACACACUCUGCAGAGCAGCAGUAGCAUUGCCUGAUGAGGUAGUUCCAGAGGUGAGAAGACAACGCAGACAGCUAGCCAUUGAGCAUAACAAGACACUUGCAGCCGAUCCUCGUAUCCAAAUCUCGCAUGCUUCUGUGGCUGGGAUGAUGAUUUGUCGCCGAAUCAUAUAAAUUUGGCUUCAUUGUUGAAAUCUUACUUAUGUAAAAACCUAUGUAUACAAAAUAACACUUCACAAUUGACCUUUGCUUGUGAGAUUUGUACAACUUUUGUGAGCGUGAAGUUGUAGUUGACUACUCCAUUGCUGUAAAAUGUUAUAUCUAAAGUGUGCUUUAUGGAAGAUGCAUCCGUUUCCUUUUGUUA